ACCAAAUUUUUUUUUUUUUAUCGGUUCUCUCCCGACUCUCGUCUCUGAGUCCUUUCGUGUCUCGUCUUGGCUUUUAUCGGUUCUCGUCUGAGUUCUCUCAACGACGAUGGCGACGGCAACUACGACGGCGACGGCGGCAGGGACGGCGAUAAAUCGAGAAUCCUUCGUCCCUCUUCCUUCUACGACGGCAACGGUGACUGAGGGGCCGAGCAUGUCUUGCGCGCGCUCUGCUCUAGACUAAGGGACCGCCAAUGGCUUUAGAUCUGUGAUGCCUCUUGCUUGCUCAGUGAGCUGGGCUAGUUCAAAUCGGUGGAAUUUCUGGUUUUAAUCACCUUCUGAGAUGAUAGAAACUGAAAAGGCUGGUACUUGCCGAUUUAGUUGUUGUAUGUGGGAUUUCUGAUGGAAGUUCUGGGCCGAUGCAGGGGGUUGUUUUCUGGUUUUCUUGGUGGGAAUUUUUAGGUCCUCUUUCAUGUUCAGAGUGCAUUUUGCCCCUUCUAGAUUCAGGCCUUUGAAGCUUGAUCCAGAAUAUUUUGGGCUUGAACAGUACUUUGCGACGAAAAGUCUGACCUCUUCACGGUCAUUUGAAAUAGACGCAUACCAUGGAUUUGGCAUGGUUCCUCUGGCUGAUCUAUGAGUACUAAUUUCUUGCUAACUUUAUUGCGUCAUACUUGGGAUAUUGCUAGGGCCUUUCUGCUAAUGAUUUGAUCCUCUUAGCAACAUGGACAUCAUGUAUUGUAUUAUGAUGUAAUUCUGCUGCAUAUUGAAUGAUUGUCAGUUGCUUGUGCAUAAAACAAGUGGGUUGCAUGGUAUAGCCUUUUAACUAAUUUAUUGAUGACUUUAGACAACUUUUCACAUUUGUGAAUCUGAAAAGAGUUUCUUUCUACUCAGGAUAAGCCAUUUGUAAAUCUCCUUGUCAAGUCCGUAAUAUCAUUGGCAAAGCCAAAUAUACAAUAAGCGAAUCUUUAAUUAGUGAAUCUAGCGAUAUAAAUAGAAAGAGGCUGAGAUUGGUCGCAUGGGAAUACUUUAAAAAGAUAGACAAUAGCCAAGAUAAAGCCGAAUGUCUAUAUUGUGGGGGCUAUUAUUGGUUAGUGGGGGCUAUUAUUGGUUAUUCUAGUACUCAUGGGACGCAUAAUCAUUUAGGGAAAUGUAAGAAUUAUCCAUAUGCGAACAUGGAGAAAAGACAAAGAAAUUCUUCGAAUGAAUAUGUUGGGGUUGGUAGUUCUAUUUCAGUUUGUCCUUGAAAAUUUGAUCAAGAUGUUAAUCGAAAAGAUUUAGCGAUAAUGUUUAUUAUUGGUGAACUUGAGGCAUUUUGGAGAGUCGUGAGUAGAAUUCAACUAAAGUUUUUCAUCCCUUCAAGAAACACAUUAAGGGACGACUGUUGAAAGAAGUAAAUUGAAAAAAUAUUUUUCCGAUACUUCUCAAAGGGUUUGUACACGUGGACUUCAUGUCAAAAUCUAAGUUACAUGUGUCUUACUGCUCACUUUAUAGACGUUGAUUGAAAAUUGCAAGAGAAAAUUUUAAAUUUUUAUCAAAUCCCAGGACAUUUGGUUGAACAUUCGGCUGAGAUUAUAGAGAAAGGGAUUGAAAAAUGCUUAACUAGUUAGGGGAUCAAAGGCAUUUUGUGUAUCACUGUUGAUAAAUUUUUCUGUGCAAUUCUCUAUCCCUUUACUAUUUUAUUAAUUGUGGUAAAAUUAUACACCGGUAAGAUUUGACCACUCCGUCGUUGCAAUAUUUAUUCAAAUUAUUUUAUUUCCGUAGAAUCACCUUUUCACCCGUUAAGUGAUAUUUUAGCCGUAACAAAACUCAUGGGAAAAUGUUGUGGAAAGAUAGUGACACAAAACAGAGGACCAUGACAGAGUCACUCGCCAGUCUUCGUCCCUCUCUCUUUUAGCUCCUCUCCCCAUCCGCUGUAUCGGUCUGUGUCUUCUAGCUCCAUUCCCAGUUCCCUACCGGCGACAAACGAGAAAACAACAAAGGAUACAGUUACUAUCUUUCCUUUAUAGGAAACGUAAACAGCCCUUGACUCCUGUAAACAGAUGCAGAUUACCUCGAGCCAUGGAAAACGCAAAGCUGAACUAUCUUUCUCUCUCUCUCUCUCUCUCCAAGUCAAAAUCACUCAGCAACCGCUCCACUGUCAAUGGCCCGGCGCCGGCGGAAAGUUAUCAAAUUUGUCGAAGACCCGAAGGAGCGCUCCACAGCGCGCUGUAAAAGGCGCAAUGGCCUCCGUAAAAAGACCGAGGAAUUCCACACACUCACCCGCAAUCCCGUCGCCCUCGUCACUAUCAACCCUAAGGGCAAAUGCCACUAUGUCUGUGAACCCACGAUCCCGGAGAUGACCUCCACCUACCGCCGUCUUCAGGGCGACGUGAUGCGGAUGGAGGGUUGGGAAGAGUGGCUGGACUGAGUGGAGAAAGUGUGCGAUUCUUGCAUGACAAAGGAGGGCUGCGAUUCCUGGAGCAGGAAGUGCCUCGCCUUUCUCCGCAAGAGUGGCUGGACUGAGUGGAGAAAGUGUGCGAUUCUUGCAUGACAAAGGAGGACUGCGAUUCCUGGAGCAGGAAGUGCCUCGCCUUUCUCCGCUUCUUGCAUGAGAAGUCGAAGGAUUUGGAGAACUACCCAGCGGUUAAAACCGGUGCUGAUGAUGAUUUUAAAAUUUUGAACGGUGACGAGAUCAAUUCAACUGAAAAGAAUUGCGAGACUACUCCUGCAUUUGCGGCUUUCAAUGAGGAACGUGUUGAUCACGACAUUUCGUUGACCUCGCCGGUCGACUUGGCUGCUACUGGCGGUGAAGGCUCGGGAAUGGUUUCCAACCCCUUGUGCUCCGAUAUCAAGGAUACUGAGUUGCUUUUCGCCUGCCUUAAUGAUUACUCAAAAGACCCCUCUAUCCAGACUGUGCUGGAUUUGGAGAACAACCCAUCGGGUAAUGCUGGUGCUGGAGUUGGAGUUGGUCGUGAUCCUGAAGGUUUAACGAGUUUUGACGAGUUUUGUAAUAAUCACCUCGAGGACAUCACUAUUCUUCCUGAGGUCGAUGGUCGCAGGACUUUGUUGUAGAACUCGUCGGUCGGCUGUGGAAGCUCGGUAGAGUAAUCCUCGCAGCUGUUAAUAAGUUUGGAUGUAUAUCUUGUGAUAAAAAUACGAGUAUAUGAAUUCGGUCAAGUCCUUUAUCUCU